GCGUUUUCACUUGAAUUGACGUUAAGCAAAGCGGGUUUUUCAUAGUUUUUUCGUAAAUAAAGUUAAAAAUAAUUUAUUUGUUAAUUUUAUUCAUAUGAAAACAAUUCAGUCUGAAGGCGGCCAAAAGGCAAUUAUGAAGAGUGCUCGAAAAUCGAACAAAGUUACAACACCGAGUACCGAGAGACAAAGAAAUGAAAAAGAAUCAAGCACAGGAAAGAAGCUCGUACAGGCUCGCCUACCAUUCAAAAUAAUCGCAGGAACUCUCCCAAUAAAAUCUCAAGAAGAUGCUGCCUCCUCUGCAAUUGAAAUUCCAACAAAAAAACGCAAACUAUCAUUCACUGAAGAACUGGAGAAUCAAAAAAAGAUCGGUAAGAGUCAUAGUAAGGAGAAUUUAACAGCCCUUGACAAAUUAGAUCCUUCAUCUGUUGAUGUUAUUGUCCUUGAUGAUGAAUCAUCUGAGGAAGAGACUCCACCGAGUGUAUCAAAAUCUCCAAAGACACCAAUAUCCUCCGGGACGGCGUCUCAGAAGAAGAAAAAUAAAGGCACUCCUAACAAUGGAAGCUCUACAACCCCAAAACUACAGAUAAAACUGCCAUUAAGUGGGAAAAAGAAGAGGAAAAGUAAGAGAAUCUCUCAUCCAACAACCCAAACGGAAGGAGGUAGCGAUUUGAGCGAUGUAGAGCUUGUGUCUGAAGAGCAGGACCAAAAUCCCCCUAAGAAGCUCAAACGCGAAGAAGUUUCAAAGCAGGAAGUUGAAGAUCUAUCUUCGGGUGAAGUUGACGAUGUAAAUCAAAAGACAGACACAAAUACGGGUAAAUGUAAUUCAUCACAUCAAAAAGAAAUUAUAUCAAAAGAAACUAAAAGCCCAUCUGAAUCUGUACUCCAAACACCCAAAACUUCAAAGUCAACUAAAAAAACUGAAUCCACUGAGGGAGAAUCAUGUGAAACUGACACGCCCCAACCAAGUGAUUCCAUUAGGGUGUCUAAAAGAUCUAAUAAGUCUAAAACACCACAAAAAGUAGAAAAUUCAGAGAAAUCUAGGGACAACCAAAUGAACAAUUCACAACAAAAAGCUCUACAGAAAACAAGAAGCGAUAAAAAAGAUGAGUCACUAACUCAAAAGGCUACUAACCAAGAUCCUCCAAACGGCUCUUCCGUUAAGGAAAAUAGCGCAAGUCCAAAAAAAGAAACGCGACCAUCUCGAAGAUCUAUCAGAAUUUCUGAAACUGAUAAUAAUAAAAAAGAAGAUGAAGGUGUCUCAUCGGAACCAGAGUUUGUGUCCGAAACCCUAACUGCAGCUGAUACGUCACUCAAUAAGUCUCAAAACAAAUUACUAACCCCUAAACAACAAAAACUAAUGGAGCAACGCAAAAAAGCUCGUGAAGAAAAAGAACUGAAGUUGCAACAGCUGAAGGAGGAGAAGGAACGAAAAUUGCAAGAGCAACGAGAGGAGCGGGAACGUAAGGUGCAGGAGGAAAAAAUUCAAAAACAAAAAGAGCGUGAAGAGCGAGAGUUACAGCGAAAAAGAGAACGCGAAGAAAAGGAAGAACAAAAACGGCGUGAAAGAGAAGAAAAGGAAGACGCACGCCGCAAAGAAAAGGAAGACAAGGAGCGUAAACGCCUGGCCGAGAUAGAAGCCAAAAACGAAGAGAAACGCAAAAAAGACGAAGCUAAAGAAGAAGAGCGCCGAAAAAAGGACGAAGACCGUCGUCGGAAGGAACUCGAAAAAGAAGAAGAGGAAAAUAAAAAGAAAAAGGCAGCACAAGCAUUUACAAAGUUCUUUGUCCCAAAGCCAGUAAAACCAAUAACCGAUGAAGACCAAGAGUCUCGGGAAGACGCAGAGAGCGUUGAUUCGCUUGCAUUCCGGCCAUUUCAAGUUAAGGGUGACAUGAAAUUGGCGCCGUUAGUUAGGCGGGAAUUCAAAGAGCGCUCGAGAGAAAAGCUGGAUUCUUUUCUAAAAAAUACCCUAACAGAUAAAUCGAGGCUGUACGUAGGCGAACUGAAAAGUGGGGCACACACACCUCUGAGAGGUUUUAAAACAGCCUUAAAGAACAACGAGGAGUACGAAGACGAUGUUGUAAUUAUUGCUACUGAACUUGAAAACGCUGCCCAGACAAUUGAUGAGCCAAGGACUAUGCCAAUUCAAACGUAUAAAGCUAAAUAUUAUUUCUUUCGUGAAAAUCGUCGUCCGCCCUUUUAUGGAACUUGGAGGAAAAAGAGUACUGUGAUCACACCAAGGAGGCCUUUCGCUACGGAUAAGGCAUUUUUUGAUUACGAAGUAGAUUCUGACGAUGAAUGGGAAGAAGAAGAGCCCGGAGAGUCAUUGAAUGGUAGUGAAGAUGAGAAGGACGAAUCAGAAGACGAUGACUACGAAGUCGACAAUGAAUGGUUUGUUCCACACGGCCAUUUGAGUGAUGAGGAAAUUCAAAACGAAGAUGAACUUGGUCCGGAUACUUCCCGCGAAGCCCAAAAGGCUAAACUCAAAGCUCUUCAACAAGAAUUCGCCCAGGAAAUGAAAAAGAAAACCGAAAAAAUAAAACCAAGACUAAUUGGUGCAAUUUGGGAGGACAAAAAUGGUAAUCGCCCCAAACUAUGCCCAACUAUCAUAUGGGAUAGCCUCUCUACUCGUGCAAUGAUAUUCUGUGAACCACCCCUAGUGGAAGCGCCUGAAGUUCCCGAACCCGAACCAAGUACCCCACCACCGGAGAAACAAAAACGAAUCGAAAUCAAAGAUGAUCUUUUGAAGGAUUUGGCGCGUCUGGUUCAUGGGAAUCGACAUUCAAGAGUGUUCCUUAUAAAAGAAUAUAUGGAACACGUGGCUAAUACUUGUGAAAGAAUACAGAAUGGUGAGUGCCUAGCGCCAACCAAAUCUCAGAUAAAAGAAAAAAUCGAUGAAAUCUCCGAGUGGUCUGUAGUAGAUGCCGUCAACAAGAAGAAGAAAAAUAAAAAGAAACUGUGUUGGGUUGUUGCGGCGGAUGUUUUGGAUAAAUAUUCCCUUGGGAACUUGAGCUUACGCAACGAAUGGACCUACAAACUUCAACCCAAAUUCGAUCAAGAUAAGGCUGGUCAGAAUGCAGUCAAUGAUACUGACGAUGAAAGCUUAAAACAAGACACUUCCGAACAUUCUAAAACUGCUAAAAGUGAAAAGAAAAAACCUAAACCUGCAGGUAUAACCAAAUUCACUAAAGUCAUAACGAAAGAAGUAAAACCCAACAAAAACACAGAUUCAGAAUCUGCUUCUCCGAAAACAAUAUCAAAAAGUUCUCCUAAGGUGUCUAAAAAUACACCUUCCCCAAAAGUCAAAGAAGCAAAAAAAGCAGUAAUUCCAGCUUUUAAGAAACCUGCCCCACCUGCACCUUCAGUGACCAAUAAAGAGCCAAUAGUUAAAAAAAGAGUUGCUCUAUUGAUGUCAGUUCCGCCUGGACAACAGUUUUCACCCCAAUCAAAGAACGCUUUGAUAAGUAAGUUCCUGCAAAAUAAUAAAACUGGAGCUUCCGCCGCAGCAAAGUCAAAAGAAGGUCAAAAAUCAUCUAAAGUGCCUAGUUCUGUGACAACAAUGGAUGUCGAUGAAGUUGUUCUGCUCGAUUAAAGGAUAUAAUUAUGUAUAAUGUUAUUGAUUGUUAAACUGUAUUUAGUUCUUUAUCGCAUUCGGAUAUAUCUCGCCGUUAGUUAUUAAUUUAUAUUAUCUAUAUGUAAUCUAUAUAAUAGGGUGUAUUUUUACUACUUAAAAUGAUAUAUACAACAUUUGAUUUUAAUAUACUUACAUAAUAAAAAAAUAUCUUUUUCAUGAAAGAGACCACCUAGAAAUGUGUAAACACUUGUUUUCAAUUGCAAUUGUACUUCCCCAAAAGAAAAAUAUUGGAAAGC